CAUAAUCUCAUUAACUUCCAAGUGAUAAUCAAAUGGCGCAGAACCAAGAAAAGCAUUCUCUCUCUCUCUCUCUCUCUCCAAACUCUACAGAGACAAUCAGAGCAAACCAGCCUCACAUUUCCACGCAACACAGAAAAGAACCCCAACAGAUGGCCACCACUCUCUCGGCCCGGCCCAACCGAACCCUCCUCGGCCGCGAACCGGCCGGCCCGGUCCGCUCACGGCAGCCCUCCGCCGCCCAAAUUGUGAAGAUAACAGCGAUGAUGAACAGGACCGACCGGUGGCGGUGGGGGGCCGCGGUGUCCGCCCCCUUCCGCCGCACUCUACCGCCGGUCCUCCUCGCCGGCUCGAGAGCCGACGACUCGGCGCCGUCGGAGAUGUCCGUGGAGAACGCUUUGAAGCUACUGGGCGUACCAGAGGGCGCUUCGUUUGAAGACAUACUUCGGGCCAAGAAAUCGAUUAUCGCCGGUUGUAAGGGCGACGAGGAGAUAAUUGCACAGGUAGAGGCUGCGUAUGAUAUGUUGCUUAUGCAAAGUUUGUCACAGCGCCGAGCUGGAAAAGUUGUUGAUAGCAACAUCCGUUAUGCUGAUGUUAAAGCUGUAAACGCACCAAUGCCUCAGUGGCUGCAAGCGACUAUUAAGCGUUCGCAAGUUUCAUUUGAAACGCCAGAUACUGGUGACUUGGGCAUACAAGCUGGUGUAUAUGGAGCCCUCAUGGUCUUAAAUUACGUCAAUGGAGCCUCCACAUCUUCUGCAGCACCCUAUGCUGGGGCUGAUGUUCCUGGGCUGAUCCUGGCCACAAGUUUUGGAGCAUCCUUAUACUUCAUGACUAAAAAGAAUAUUAAGUUAGGAAAGGCAACUGUAAUUACCAUUGGGGGCCUUGUAGUUGGGGCGGCAGUGGGUUCUGUGGUGGAGAACUGGUUGCAAGUGGACAUUGUCCCAUUUUUCGGCAUACACUCCCCUGCUGUUAUAGUUAGUGAAUUUAUACUCUUCUCUCAGUUUUUGGUUUCCUUGUACCUGAGAUAGGAUAAGAAAAAGUUGUAUACAUGACUUAAAUCACUAGUCCUGUAAUUAUUCAUGUGCAUGAUCAUAGAAAGUGUCUCAUGACAUAUUUGUACAAAUUGAAUGUUGUAGAACUGAGACCUUUUAUGCAACUUGUUUUCAUGGGUCAA